CGAUUAUCAGCUUUAAUUUUUGACAAGCUUCAAGUGCCUGACUAUUUACAGAAAAACAGGAAUGAAGGAGAGAGCAGAUGCGAAACUUGUGCCACUCACUUGAAUCAGCUGAAGCAGGAAGCCAUUCAGAUGAUGCACACCCUUAGUCAAGCCAGCUACCCAGAGAUGCCCGACCUCCCGCCCAGCGCCGGGGCGGUGACCAGCAUGGUACCCAGGAUGGUCACGGUCUCCUCCCAGAGAGACCUGCCGCUCAUUGCUGGGCAGGUGGGCAGGCAGCCUGGAAAGUCACCAAAUCUCUUCUCUGGGGCGGAGAGGAAGAAGGGACUCGGAUGGUCUCAAGGCGCGGGCGGUUUUCCGAACUCCAGCGUUCAAGUCACGGUGGCCCCCAGCGGUCUCAGCGGUGCUCUGAGCUCGGUCACCAUCCAGGCUCAGCAGUACCUCGAGGGCAUGUGGAGUAUCUCCAGGGUGAACAGCUUCCUGCCUCAGGCUUGUCUAGCAGAAACGGCACCAGAAAGUGGCCGGGAUGGUCCCAACGUUCAGAUCAGCUCAGGGCAGAACAACUCCGAUCCCACGGGAGCAGGCAGCUCAGCAGCCUCCCAGAGCCUGGUUGCUCCAGCUGGGGUCUCAGCAGGUACCUCAGCUGCGGCUUCGUUCUUCAUAAGAGCAGCACAGAAGCUUAACCUGUCUUCGAAGAGAAAGAAAUACCAUCCGCCCCUGCCACACACACACGACUUCUCUAUUUAUGCUACUAACUUUAGUGGCAUCCUGCAGCUCUGUCCUCCCCCAGCACCACCAUGCCUUCUGAGAGCUGUGUCCAAAAUCAAGGACAACCCUGGCAUUGGAAAGGUGAAAGUGAUGGUAAGGAUUUGUCCUUCUCAAGGAACACAUGAAACAUCCGAAUCCAUGUCCUUCCUGAAGGUAGACCCGCGAAAAAAGCAAAUCACGUUUUAUGAUCCAGCGGCAGGUGGGCCUUCCAAUGCAGGUCACAGGAGAGGCGUUGUUGCUGUUCCAAAGAUGUUUGCCUUUGAUGCAGUUUUCCCCCAGGAUGCUUCGCAGGCUGAGGUAUGCUCUGGAACAGUAGCAGAAGUAAUCCAGUCUGUUGUGAAUGGUGCAGAUGGUUGCAUAUUUUGCUUUGGUCAUGUCAAGCUUGGAAAAUCUUUUACCAUGAUUGGGAAAGAUAACUCCACGCAAAGCCUUGGUAUCAUCCCCUGUGCAAUUUCUUGGCUCUUCAAAUUAAUCAAUGAACGUAAAGAAAAAACUGGGACUCGUUUCUCUAUUAGAGUAUCUGCCGUGGAGAUCAGUGGCAAAGAUGAAAACCUUAAGGAUUUGUUAGCUGAAGUAGCCACUGGCAGCCUUCAGGAUGGCCAGUCUCCCGGGGUUUAUCUGAGAGAAGAUCCAAUAUGUGGAACCCAGCUUCAAAACCAAAGUGAGCUAAGGGCCCCGACAGCAGAGAAAGCUGCUUUUUUCCUUGAUGCUGCAAUUGCCGCCAGAAGUACCAGCAAACCUGAAUGCGAGGAAGAAGAUAGGAGGAAUUCACAUAUGCUCUUUACUCUUCACAUAUACCAGUAUCGCAUGGAGAAGAGUGGCAAAGGAGGAAUGUCUGGAGGACGCAGCCGUUUGCAUCUCAUUGAUCUAGGGAGCUGUGAAAAAGUGCUGAGCAAGAGCCGAGAUGGAGGAGGCUCUCUGUGUCUGUCUCUUUCUGCCUUGGGCAAUGUAAUUUUGGCCUUAAUUAAUGGUGCUAAGCAUGUGCCAUAUAAGGACAACAAGUUGACAAUGUUGUUGCGGGAAUCACUUGGGAACAUCAACUGCAGAACUACUAUGAUUGCGCAUAUUUCUGACUCCCCAGCCAAUUAUGCAGAAACUCUCACCACCAUUCAGCUUGCAUCGCGAAUCCAUCGAAUGAGAAAGAAGAAAUCCAAGUAUGCAUCCAGCUCAUCUGGAGGAGAGAGUUCGUGUGAAGAAGGACAUGUCCGAAGACCACCCCAUUUGCGACCGUUCCACCCACGAACUGUUGCCCUUGACCCUGAUCUUCCUGUCCUGAGCAUAUCUAGUGAUCCUGAUUAUUCCUCCAGCAGCGAACAGUCUUGUGAUACCGUCAUCUACGUUGGUCCCAAUGGUGCAGCUUUGUCUGACAGGGAAUUGACAGAUAAUGAAGGUCCUCCAGAGUUUGUUCCCAUAAUCCCAUCCCUAAACAAAAAGAGAAGUAAAGACAAUUCUGCCAUUGGUAGGAGCUCUGACAAGGACCAUUUUAAAUGCAACACUUUUGCUGAGCUGCAAGAAAGGUUAGAGUGCAUUGAUGGAAGUGAGGAACCGAUCAAAUUUGCUUGUGGAGAAAUCCCUGUUGUGUCCAAUUGUAGUCCGGUCCCUGGAGGUACAGAAAAUGCACAGUCUAAGCUGAUAAAGGAAAAAAUAUCUUCUCCUUCUGGAGGAUUCAAGAAACCAGUUCCACAAGAAACUGCAUCUCCCAAAAAAGGACAUAACCUUCCUUUCCAAGCUGUUGCACCAAGGGGUGGCAAUGGCAAUUGUCAUGAAAAGAACACACCUCACUUGAAAACAGAGCUUUCCAAGCCGCAGAGCAGAGCUGACAACAAAAUAAUAGACUCGAUACUGGAGGGGGAAAGAGAGACAAUCACUGAUUCCCUGCAGUCCUCAAGGUGUAGCCCUUCAAGGAAUCUGGAGCAGAAUAAGGCCACAGCUGAAUGUGUCGUUAAAGAAAAGUCCUUGUAUGUGAAGAGACCCUUGCCAAGCCCAGCACCUCCACCUCCACAGCAGAAAGAGCAUGUACCGAGCUCCAAAGCUGAGAAUUUGGAGCUGGAAAAUAGCAGUGCAGUUCGGACUCCUCCUGUGGGAAUGAGCAAGCAGAUGGGAAACAAACCUGAGCAAAACCCUGUAGGAAGCACGUUCCUGGUUGGUAGCAAUGCCCAGAAUCAGUCAGGUGCGAUAGAGGUACACAGCUUCAGGUCAGCAUUCAGAGGGAAAUGUUUUGAUCGGGAUAUACUAACCACCACGGUGACUUUGCAGCAGCCUGUUGAACUGAAUGGAGAGGAUGAGCUUGUUUUCACUGUGGUAGAAGAACUGUCCAUUAGCGGGAUUAUGGAUAAUGGAAGACCUUCCAGUAUCAUUAGCUUUAACAGUGACUGCUCCCUUCAGGCCCUUGCAUCGGGUUCAAGGCCAGUCAGUAUUAUCAGCAGCAUAAAUGAUGAGUUUGAUGCUUAUACCUCACAGGAGACUUCUACUGGUGUAAAUAUUGAUAUUGUUGUGCCCUUUGCUAAGGAUCCCUUUACCAGCAGCAGGCGUUCCUCCAUCAGUUCGUGGCUUAGCGAAGUCAGCAUCUGUACAAUCGAAAGUGAUGGAGCCCAGUCUAGUGACAGUUUUGUCGCACAGUCAUCUUACAGCUGUAAUAAGUCCGAGGACCCCUUCAACUUGGAUUCAUCCCAUUUAUCUGUCCCCCUGAAAAGCGCUCUGAACGACAGUGGAUUUUGCUUCUCUGAACUGGAGAGUGAGAGCCUGAGUUCCAGCAAGCUGUCCUCAGGCAUCAGCAAAAGCCCUCAAACCUCUGAAACUACCAAAGCAUCUCAGAUAAAAAGUGCUUUUUGUGUCACUGAUCAGCCCGUAAAAAUAAAAUUUAGUAAUUCUCGCGAUACACCUGUGAUAGAAACAAUACAUUCUAGUCUUCCUAGGAAAACAAAAACUACCUCGUCUCCAAUCCACAAUAAUACUGUCCUCAGCUAUAAAGAGCUGCAGAAUCCACAUGGUAUAUUUGAAGAUCCCUGGCUGUUGCGCACCGAUUAUCAGUUGGAAGCAAAACCUGCAGACUCACUGCUGUCUCCAAAAUCUUAUGCAUUUGGUACUGAGAAGCAGCCAGGAAAAGCUGCCCAGUAUUUUGGCGCAGCACCCAGGCCAACGAAGUCGCAGACUAUGCUCGCCUGUUCGCAGAGGGUUGUGGAUGGUUGCGAAGUGGCCUGCAAAUCCUCCAGUGGAGCUGCAAAGAAGUCAGAAGUUGUGAUGAAGAUGCCGCAGCUGAAGAGAGGAGCCACCACGCUGGGAGUGAUGCCAGUGUCGCAUGCUAACAGUACUUCGUCGGAGGCCAUGACCCGAGGGAAUUCGGAUGCUCCCUUAGCCACUGGCAGCUUGAAAUCAUCACUGGGAAAGAAGAGUGCACCACAGAAGUCGACCAUGUUGCCCAGGCCAGGUGGGCCAACACCUCCAACACCUCCUGUACGCAAAUCAAGCCUGGAGCAGAAACCUGUUGGUCUGGGUAAUGGUGGGGGAAAAGCCUCCAGUCUGGACUUUGCCAGAGCUGCCACGCCAAAGGCUGAAGAUGAAGCAGAUUUGCGGUUCAAAGCUGGGUCUUACUUCAGCGAAAGUGCCAGCAGCAAAAUGAACCUGAAGGGUGACCACUCUUUGCCCAAGAUGACAUCCAGCUUAAAGGCGAAGGCAUCAAAGAGUGAAGCUGUGCACCGUUACGGGAGCCACAUGUCCCUGGAGAGGUGUGACAGCCUGACAUCAGUCGGAUCCAAAGCAAGCAUGGUGAGGGAGAAUGGGAGCGCCAGCAACAGCCGGGCAGGGCGCUCCGUCCCCAGGCUGGGCGUCCCCCCUGUUGCCUCUGGUGUUGGUUUACCACCACCCUUCACCACCCCUGUGCCCAGUAAAACCAGCCAGGCAAAACCUACAGCUAACCAGAAAGUGCAAGCGAACGGGAAUAAAACCCGGGGCCUCUCCGCCAGCGGGUCAAAGUCUCUCAGUUCCUCUGUGAAGUCCCUGGCACAGCCUGCAGGGAAGGGCUCUGGCGUGGCCCCUGGCGGGAAGGCAGCCCCCCGCUCCGUGCAGUCAGUCAGCGGCAAACCCGGGCGAGGGACCAUCAUGGGGACCAAGCAGGCCAUGAGGGCUGCCAACAGCCGCGUGAAUGAGCUGGUGUCGGGGGGCUCUGCCAAGGUGGGCCACUUCCGAGGCUCCACUGACUCCGACAGUGGCAACGACAGUGGCAUUAACCUCAGCGACGAGAAGUCGCAAAUCCCGGUGUUGCCAUCUCCAUACAGCAAGAUAACGGCACCCCGGCGGCCUCAGCGGUACAGCAGCGCCAUGAGUGAAAGCGGGAUGUCAUCGCCGGGCCGCAUGAGGAGCCUCAAGUCCCCCAAGAAACGAUCAACGGGACUCCAGCGUCGUAGACUGAUUCCUGCUCCGUUGCCAGAUGCUGCUUCCCUAGGAAGAAAACCCAGUGUCACUGGCCAAUGGGUUGAUCUACCACCUUUGCCAGGCACUUUAAAAGAGCCAUUUGAAAUUAAAGUUUAUGAGAUAGAUGAUGUGGAACGAUUACAGCGACACAGACAAGAGGAAACUGAGGGUCUGAUGUAUUUCCACACCAAGCUGAAGAUACUAGAAAGGCGCCAGCAGCGAAUCAGAGAAGUAAAGGCAAAGCAUGAACUUUUGAAGGAAGAGUUGGAAGAGACAAAGUGCAGGUUGAUGAUGGAUCCAAAUAAGUGGAGAGAAGACUUUGAAGUGGAUCCUGAUCUCGAUAAGGAGUCACAGGAGUACCUGGAGGCACUGGAACAAGUGACAGAGGAACUGGAGCAGUGUGUUAAUCUGUGCAAGUCACAUAUCAUGAUAGUGACGUGUUUUGAUAUUGGAAUAACAGAUGCGCAAGAUGGAGCAAGGGAAGUGGAGGUUUGA